AUGGCUUUGAAAACGUUGACAUCCCGUGGUCUUUAUUCUAAAUUACGUCCAUUAUUAGCCGAUGCUCUUACAGAUUAUCGUGCAUUAUGCAAAGUACAAACAGCAGAUUAUCACGAAAAGGUUAUUGAACAUUAUGAAAAUCCUCGUAAUGUUGGAUCUUUUGAUAAAACAGAAGAUAAUGUUGGAACAGGACUCGUGGGUGCACCGGCAUGUGGAGAUGUUAUGAAAUUACAAAUCAAAGUUGAUGAAAAUGGGAAAAUAGUUGAUGCUAAAUUCAAAACAUUCGGUUGUGGAUCAGCAAUUGCAUCAAGUUCGUUAGCUACGGAAUGGAUCAAAGGGAAAUCGGUGAAUGAAGCAAAUACUAUUAAAAAUUCAGACAUAGCCAAAGAAUUAUGUUUACCACCAGUUAAAUUACAUUGUUCAAUGUUAGCUGAGGACGCAAUUAAGGCAGCAAUAAGCGAUUAUCAAACCAAGCGUCAGCAAAAAAAGUCAUCGUGA